AUGAAGUAUCUACCAGUCCAAGACUUCGAGGCGGUGACGAGCACGCUAAACUUCAACACUCCCGACUGCAACGUUACGGGCGGAUGCGAUCUUUACACAACGAAAGCAUCAGGUACCGACAAGAAGCUCUACAAAAACAUCGACAAUGACCUAAACUCGCAACACGAGGCUCUCCUAAAGCUUGGCGCUAGCCUCUCACCACCUGAACGCGCUCAUAUGCUAGCCACAUCACCAAGCAUGCAAAUGUUCUCGCAUUCAAGCGCUUUUGGUCCACUUUCCGAGCUUUCAAGCCGCAAGACGUUUGCGUACCUUAUUGCGACACUCAAUGCAAGUCACCCACACUACGACUUUUCUCACGUGCUUCGACCCAACGACUUCAAACGUGAGCGGAACUUGCGCCGCGUCAUGAUCAACCUCGAUUCCAUUCUACAAAACGUAAGGCCCAAUUUCGAGCCCAAGUCUUUAGGAUCUUCGCUAGGCAGCGAGGCGACUUCAUCAAUCUGGGGACCUCAAUGUUGGUCGUUGAUCGAUAAGGAGAUGCACCUUAAUGAGUGCACCAUUUUCAGCUACAACCCCGAUAGUGACCCUUUUGAGGAAGACGAGAGUGCGAUUUGGGCUUCGCACUACUUUUUCUUCAACCGCGCAUUGAAACGAGUCGCCUAUUUAUACGUCCGUGUUGUACCGGUCAUCUCGUCUCACAGCCCAACCCUGCAGCCCGCCAAUCUUGCAAAUCGUAGCAAUCAGCAACUCGAGUCAGCUGGCGCACAAAAACGCGCCAAUUACUGGCUUGGUGAGAAUGCGGAAUUGGUGCCUUACAAUGAAGGUGACGAGAAUCUUAACGACGACGGCCUCUUUUGGAACCGCGGAGAAAACGGUGACCUCGUCGCUUACUCAGACGAUGAAUUCGAAGACGAAUUCGAAGAUGAUAUGGUGCUCGACAGAAGUCCCGACAGAUUCAUGAGUGAAGACAUCGCAGGCCGUAUGGAGAUCUGA